UACAAGCUUACCUGUAUCUGUUACGUCAGACACAUGACGAGGUAUUUAAAUGUACGUACCAGAUGUUACAAGAUUCAGAAAGUGCAGAAAUGGCCAGCGCAAAGUUGAUCCUGUUACUUAUAGCAGUUUCUGCUAUUGCAGUACAAUCAGAUGAUGCUGUUGAUAGCCAUGAAAACAGCCAUGAAGAGUUUGAAUGCAAGGGAAAUGAAAUCUUGACCAACUGUUCAACUCCAUGCCCUCCAACAUGCAAAGAUAGGGUACCAACGUGUGAUUAUGAGUGCAAAACUGGAUGUGCCUGUAAGCCAGAAUACAUACGAGAGAAGAUUGAUGGAAAAUGCAUCCCUAUUCGGGAUUGCAAGAACGAUUGCUCAAGAAACCAAACCUGGCAAGAAUGCAGUGAUAAUUCAUGUAGAAGGACUUGUAAUAACAUAGAUAGCCCGAAUAUAUGCCCCGCAGUUUGCAUUCCAGGAUGUUCCUGCAAAGAGGGGUACGUUUGGGACGAGCAAUUGUCAAAAUGCAUUUCUAAAUUCGAGUGUCCACCACAAUGUGGAUCGAAUCAAGUAUGGAGCAGUUGUAGUGAUAAUAACUGCCAACGAACUUGUAGCAAUAAAGACGAACAUCUAGUUUGCGAUUCUGAAUGUAUUCCUGGAUGUUCAUGCCAACCUGGAUUUGUUUGGGAUAGCACACGGUCUCACUGCAUUUCCGUCGAGGAAUGCCCUAAGUGUGGGCCCGAUCAAGUGUGGGAGAAGUGCAGUGAUAAUCAUUGCAAGCGGACUUGCAUCAAUUUGAUUUUCUACAUGACGUGUGCCCCAAGCUGUAUUGAGGGUUGUUCAUGUCGUGAAGGAUUUGUUUGGACGGAUGAAAAAACUAGCUGCAUUCCUGUUGAGCAGUGUCCCAGCACCCUAAUACCACCCACCACCACCCCAGUACCGACCACUGCCACCCCAGUGGGGACUACUCCCACCCCAGCUUCAACCACUCCUACCCCAGCGUCAACCACUACCACGCAACCGCCAAAAGUGUGCGGGCACAACCAAUUCUGGGAACAGUGCAGUGACAAAUUCUGCAAAAGAACAUGCGAGAACAUCAACGGUCCAAUCGGUUGUCCUAGGGUUUGCGUUGAGGGUUGCUCGUGCAUGCACGGCUUUGUUUGGAACCAGAACGACACCGAAUGCAUUCCAGUUGAAGAUUGUUCCUUUGAAUGCGGGCUUAACCAACACUGGUCCCAAUGCAGCGACAUUCAAUGCAGACGAACAUGUGCUAACUUCGGACAAGACGUUCCGUGUCCACAAAUGUGUAUGUCUGGGUGUACUUGCGAUUCGGGUUACGUAUGGAACAGCAACGAAACGGAAUGUAUUCCAGCUUGCGAUUGUGGAAAAGACGUUUGCCUUGAAAACGAAGAAUGGGGUAGUUGUGCAAAUCCCGAAUGCAAGAGGACUUGCCAAAAUACAAACGAAAAGGUGUGCUCGGAUUGUUUCCCUGGAUGUGUGUGUCGUGCGGGAUAUAUUUGGGAUGAAAUUCUACAGGAAUGCGUCCCAGAAGAUCACUGCUCAGGAUGUGGUAUAAACGCAAAUAUGUCUUCCUGUACGAACGGUUGCGAACCAACGUGCCAAGGGCCGAGCCCUUUCCCUUGUCCAGCUGUGUGCAUCCCUGGAUGCGCUUGUUUGCCAGGGUAUCUGAUGGAUCACCAUCAAGGGCAUUGCGUUCUACCAUCGGAGUGCUCUUCAGUGUGCCCACCGAGGAAGACAUGGUGUAGACAUCUACCAUCAAACAGGGUCACCUGCCAAAAUAUGUUAUACCCCCAAUGUAACUAUCAAAGUCAUGAAAAUCAAACUUCAUAUCCUGGUUGUGUUUGUAAGGAGGGAUUAAUAUUAGACGAACUUACUAACGAGUGCAUUCCACUGAGGCAUUGCUUGAGGAUGCUGAGAUAAACCUGCAGAAUUGCCAAGAAGUCCCGAACAUUUAGCAUUAGAUUAAUUAUAGUUUACUGUUUGUUAUAUUCUGAUAUCGCGUCCCUAAGUAUAUAAAAUCCACUCACUUUAGCAAUUCACAAUCAAUAAUAACAUAAUAUGUGUAAAUGUUAUUCAAUUUCUAAUGCUUAAAAUAGUGAAUCAAUGUUCAGUUCUUCACAAAUAAAAUAAUAUAAUAAUAAUAAAGUAAUAAUUGAUGAGCACUGUUAAAAGGGUACACACAGUUUGACACAAUUGGUCGCCGUUUGUGACACUUGUCGUUGUCAAGUAGAAACAUAUGUUCAAUCUUUCAUGGUUCCAAUACCUUGGUCAAUUUGGAGGUAACUAUGACGAUUCCAAGGUUUCCAAUAAUUCUCAAAGUUCUGGCGAUUUUAAAGAUUGUGAAAGUUCCUAAGGUACUGUAACGAUUCGAUUUUCGAAUAAGGCUAACGAUUUUCCGACGUGUUU